UUUUCCAAGCAAAACAUUGACAUAGCAGAUACUUUACUGUCUAGCCACGUUCAGUGACUGUUACAAUGUAGCUAGAAUCUGUCAUGCCACGCCUUCUUCCCCCGUGAUGACGGUUCCAGAGAGCCCUUUUCGUUCAUCCGUCUAUAUAUGGGCAGCACACAUGACUCAAAAUCCCGCCCUAACGUGAGCUUUGCCGUUUCGAUUCGACCACAAGCUUUCAAUUCUGUAAACGCUCUCGAUGGUGAUCCACAUUUCUGUCAACAGUCACGACUUCACGACAAUUGGGACGGUCUUGUAACUCGCAGGUACAGGGUCCUGCUGCCAGACAGUCCUUCCGGAUGUCAAAGUACAAAGUCUUUGUGAUGAGGCAUGGAGAAGGGGCCUGGACCAAAGAGAACCGCUUCUGCAGCUGGGUGGACCAGAGGCUGAGCGAGGACGGGGUCAAGGAGGCCCUGGCGUGUGGUCACCUCCUGAGGGAAGCAGGCUACCACCUGGAUGUAGUAUUCACCUCCCUGCUCAGCCGAUCCAUCCACACAGCCUGGCUGUUGUUGGAAGCCAUGGGGCAGGAGUGGGUCCCCGUGGUCAGGUCGUGGAGACUCAACGAGCGCCAUUACGGUGCCCUGAUCGGGCUGAAUAGAGCUCAGAUGGCCCUAAACCACGGCGAGGAGCUGGUGAAACAGUGGAGGAGGAGCUAUGACCUCACGCCGCCCCCUAUCGACGAAUCACACCCUUACUUCCUGGAGAUCUACAACGACCGGCGGUAUUCUACCUGUGACGUGUCUAAAGAGGAUCUUCCGAAGUCAGAGAGCCUGAAGGAUGUCUUAGAGAGGCUCCAGCCGUACUGGGAUGGCACCAUUGUGCCGGAGAUCAAACAGGGGAAAUCGGUGCUCAUCUCUGGGCAUGGGAAUAGCUGCAGGGCCCUGCUGAAACACCUGGAAGGUAUAUCAGAUGCUGAUAUCGUCAACGUGACGUUACCGACUGGGACACCCAUUCUGAUUGAGCUGGAUGAGAACUUCCGGCCCACCAAACCCAUGCAGCUCCUGGGAGACCAGGAAGCCAUCCAGGCAGCCAUCAGGAAGGUGGAGGACCAGGGUAAGGUUAAACAAACGACCUGAAUAUAGUCAACCGGAUUCUAGUCAUUCUAGAUUCUGAAUUGUAGAAUCUAGUCAACUGGAUGCUAGUUUUUCUGGAUUGUAAAAUAUAGUCAACUGGAUUCUAGUCAUUCUAAAUUCUGGAUUGUAGAAUCUAGUCAACUGGAUUCUAGUCAUUUUAGAUUCAGGAUUUUAGAAUCUAGUCAACUGGAUUCUAGUCAUUCUAGGUUCUGGAUUGUAGAAUCUAGUCAACUGGAUUCUAGUCAUUCUAGAUUCUGAAUUCUAGAAUCUAGUCAACUGGAUUCUAGUCAUUCUAGAUUCUGAAUUCUAGAAUCUAGUCAACUGGAUUCUAGUAAUUCUGGAUUCUAGUCAUUCUAGAUUCUGGAUUGUAGAAUCUAGUCAACUGGAUUCUAGAUUCUGGAUUGUAGAAUUUAGUCAACUCGAUUGUUGUCAUUCUGGAUUGUAGAAUCUAGUCAACCGGAUUCUGGAUUGUAGAAUUUAGUCAACUCGAUUCUAGUCAUUCUGGAUUAUUUAUUUGUGGUCCUCUGUAGCUCAGCUGGUAGAGCACGGCGCUUGUAACGCCAAGGUAGUGGGUUCGAUCCCCGGGA